AUGGCGGCUGCGGGGGGCGCGGCGAGCCGCAGGGGUCCCGGGCGGCCCUGUCCGUUCUCCAUCGAGCACAUCCUCUCCAGCCUGCCCGAUCGGAGCCCCCCAGCUCGGGUCACCCGGCCACCGCAGCCCGCCAGCCGCCAGAGCCCCGCCGAGCCCGGGGAGCCCGGGACGCCCGAGGCUGUGCCGUGCGCCUGCUGUUGCUGCUGCAGCCCCCGCGCAGCGCCGCGCAGGUCCCCGGAGGCGGCCGCCGGGCUGGGCGCGCGUUUGCCGUGGCCGCUGAGGCUGGGGCCCGCGGCGCCCUUGCCCUUGGCGGCGCCGUCCGGAGGUUCCGUGGCGCUGCCCGGCGCAAGCGGUCCCGGCCCGCAGCGGCGCACGCGGCGUCACCGCACCAUCUUCAGCGAAGAGCAGCUGCAGGCGCUCGAGGCGCUCUUCGUGCAGAACCAGUACCCCGACGUGGGCACGCGGGAGCGCCUGGCCGGCCGCAUCCGCCUGCGCGAGGAACGCGUGGAGGUCUGGUUUAAGAACCGCCGGGCCAAGUGGCGACACCAGAAGCGCGCGUCAAUGUCUUCAAGGCUACUGCCCAGCGCCAAGAAACCUCCCAAAGAGAGCUACUGA